UGUUGUUGUAGGCUGCACGACAGAUCUGAGCAGGACGAUCAGAAGGAGCAGUGCAGCAGCAGCAGCAGCAGCAGACUGUAGGAUGUUGUGUCUGAGCUGCCGAUUAGGCUGAUCAUAGCCGGAGCUACGAUGCAGUGACAGACUACACAGGAGAACACACACUCACACACGGACUGAGGAAGAGGGAGUAAUAAUAGACGAAUGCGAACGAGAAAUGAUCCGCUCCUAGACCAUGGCACCGUCGGGCUCGCGUAGUAUCAAGAAGGGCUGUCAGAGAGUUCUGUACUGGAUCCCAGUCCUCUUCAUCGCCCUCAUAGUGGCGUGGUCAUACUACGCCUAUGUGUUGCAGCUUUGCAUAGAGUCGAUUGAGGACAUAGCACAAAAGGUGAUAUACCUGCUGGUGUACCAUGUCAUCUUCAUCAUGUUUGUGUGGGCGUACUGGCAAACCAUCUUCACAAGGCCCAUGAACCCCCUGAAGGAGUUUCACCUGUCCUACUCUGACAAGGAGCUGCUGGAGCGUGAAGAUCGGGGGGAGUCUCAGCAGGAGAUUCUGAGGAGGAUAGCCAAGGAUCUGCCCAUCUACACCCGCACCAACUCUGGAGCGAUCCGUUUCUGUGACCGCUGCCAGCUGCUGAAGCCUGAUCGAUGCCACCAUUGUUCAGUCUGUGAUAAAUGCAUCCUGAAGAUGGAUCACCACUGCCCAUGGGUGAACAACUGUGUGGGGUUCUCCAACUACAAGUUCUUCAUGCUGUUCUUGGCAUAUUCUCUCCUCUACUGCCUUUUUAUAACCGCCACCGAUCUUCAGUACUUCAUCAAGUUCUGGCUGGCUGGAGGUAGAGCACAUUUGCGUCUGAAAGAAUAUCGGAACGGCCUCCCAGACACUCAAGCUAAGUUCCACAUCCUGUUCCUCUUCUUCUCGGCCUCCAUGUUCUCCGUCAGCCUCGCUUCUCUUCUGACCUACCACUGCUGGCUCGUCUGCAAGAACAGAUCCACUCUGGAGGCAGUGCGUUCUCCAGUGUUUCGCCACGGCACCGAUAAGAACGGCUUUAGUCUGGGCUUCAGUAAGAACUUCCGCCAGGUCUUUGGGGAUGAAGUGAAAUACUGGCCAAUUCCUAUUUUCUCUGGUUUAGGCGAUGGUUGCUCUUUCCCGGCCUGUCUGGUGAAUCUGGACGUGGAACAGGCUUCCUCACCGACAGGCUCCACACCCGUCAACAAGAGUGCAGCAGAUGGCCGCAAGUUCCCCUCCAAGCCGCUGAGAGAGUCUCAGAGUCGGCUGCUCACCAGCACCCCCUCCUGGACAGAGAGUGACAUUGCAACAGACAAAGAGAGGAAGGGUGCCAGUAACCAGGGGAUGACCAUAGAACAUGAGGCGUGACCUAUGGUGGAGAAACAAGAGACAUGUUCGACCCAGAAGAGGUGUACAGCACUCUCCUCAGUGUUUGUGCCUCAGAACGUGACAUGGUGAUGACAUCAUGAAUAAUUGUUGUUUCCCAUAAUGCACCUUGCUUCUGAGAGGUUGACAGCAGCAGAGAACAGCUUGUCAUCAUCAACAGUAUUACUGUUCUUGCUAUAAGCAACCAUUUUCGCUGCUUUGCUGAAAGUAUUGGGGCUUCAGAACGUGAAUUAAAAUUGAAAUUGCAUUCCAACAAUCACGUUUUACUUGUUUGUACAUGAAUAAGCACAGAGCAGCUAUAGAGGGGUGUUGUUUUAACACUGUGUUACUAGGAGAUCAUACUGAGCUUCUAUUGUGAUUAUGUAAGAGAAAAAGAAGGAUUGUUUAUGUCAUUCUCGUAGCUUAGCACAAAAUAAAUGCGCUUAUAAGUUUGCCAAAUGUUUGCACAUUUAGUAUAGAGUGUUAAUGAUGUAAGUGAUGUUCCUUCAGCCAUUUAUUUACUUCUGGAGGGGGGGAAUUGAUGCAUGCUCUCAUCUCAGGAUGUCAACACAAUCACACCCAUUUGUAGUGAAUUGCUCCACAAGGUGUUACCCCGUUUGCUUGGAUUUUCAACAAAAGAAAAGAAAGAAAGUGUCGAGGUUAGUAAUUCCAUUCGAAUAAGGGCUCUUCUUACUGGUUAUAGCAUGAGUGAGGAUGUUGCUGUCACACUGCAGGUGCUGCGACAGUAUUUUUCCUCUGCCAAGUAUCCAAACUGCUGUCUGGUACCCUACAGUACACGUCAAACUGCCGGACAAAAGCUUCCCGACUGUCUCUGGAGGCGAGCAAAGCUUUGGUGUAAUGCUGCAGCUCUGUUCCCCUUCAAAAGCAGAAACUGUCCAGUGUGUUUUUCUAACUCGCAACGGGAAUUUGUGGAUUAACUGCAGAGCAACAAAAAAAAAAAAGGCCCAGCUGCUUUGUACAGGAUAUUUGCACUUUGUGAGUCUGUUCUUAUUUCUGGCUGUAAAUGGCUGUUAAACUAUUGGUAGAAUGUAUGCUUGUUUAAAAAAAAGCUUCAUUAUGACCGUCAGUGUCAAUCUAUAUUUUUCUAUUCUUCUCUCUCUAUGACUCAAGAGACAAUACUUGUGAGGCGAUGUACUGUACAGUUGUGAUGCCUUAUAACAAUAAAAAUAAUCUCAUCUUGA